GGAACACUGGCAACUCCUGGUUAAUAAAGCAUGCUCAACAAAACCAGCUGUUGAGCAGUGAUGAGUACAGAAUAUAUUAAAACUGAGUCAAACAGAAAUUGAUACUGAUUUGACUAUUUGUAAUUGCUUUAGGACAAAUGAAGAGAAAAUGGGAAGAAAGACUGAAGAAAGUGGAAGAACUAGCAUCUCACUAUGAAAGAAACCCUCUGCCUCCAGUUUACAGACCAAAGCUAUCCAAACCCUUUCUGCCAGCCUCUGUCUGGAAAAUAUUUUGUCGGCAGGCUGAAGCUUUUAAUUAUGUAAAAACCUGCAAAGAGGAUGUUCAUGUAUUUGCCUUAGAGAAGAACACACAGAGUGGGCAGAGACUGUACCUUGUGACAACAUACAAAGAGCUUUGGUUUUAUUACACCAAAGGUUAUAAAACAAGUCUUAUGCAUUGCUAUGAAGUAAUUCCUGAACAAGAUGUUUGCAAACUUUAUUUUGAUUUGGAGUUCUACAAACCAGCAAAUCCUGGUGCAGAUGGCAAGAGCAUGGUCGCAAAGUUAAUUGAGCUUGUCAGCCAAAAAUUAAAAGAGCUUUAUGAUGUAAAUUGUUCAGCCAAAGAAGUCCUGAACUUAGAUUCCAGUACUGAUGAAAAACUUAGUCGACACUUAAUAUUUCUUCCCCAAAAUACUGUCUUUAAGGACAAUAUGCACGUUGGUAACUUCGUGAGAACCAUUUUGCAGCCUGCCAUAAGGUUAGUGGAGAGUAAAGCUGCUGCUGCGAUUCCAGAAGGAGCAGGACAUGUAUUGCAGUGUUCUGCAGAAGGAGUUGGCUUAGAUGGUUCUCCUGAAAACAUCAGAGCUGUUGAAGAUGCUUCCAAAGGCUGGCCAGCCACUGCUCACCAAACAAAGGAGAUGGCAACAUCACAACAGGGAGAAAACGUGGACUUUUCCUUUCUGAUAGUAAAUGAUAAAGAAGGCAACAAGCAACUUUUUGUGGAUCUAGGAGUUUAUACAAAGAACAGAAAUUUCCGGAUGUAUAAAUCAUCAAAAGCAGGAAAAAACGUGAUGCUGAAGAUAGCAGAGGAUAAUAAGUUUGUGCCUAGCUGUGAGGAUGGCGUUUCCUUGGAAGAAGCAUAUUUUCUUUCCUCUUUGAUCUGCAACGUUAGAGAAAGGGAUGACACAAAAGUUCUGUCAUCUGGCUUUUCAGAAGAGGAUAGAAAGAUGUCUGCCUUUUUAAACAGUAAAACUGCCAGAAGUAGUAGAGAUUCCAUGGAAGGUUACCAGGAUUCACCAUAUCCGGAAAUUGAUUCCUUUGUUCGUUCUUUGGUUAAUAAAGAUGGGGUCCAAGGAGGGAUCCGACAGUGGAAUUAUUUCUCCCUGGAAGAGAUCCUUGUAUAUGACAUUUCUGGUUACCGGUGGUGUGAAAAUAUUGGAAGAGCUCACAAAAGUAACAACAUAAUGAUUCUGGUAGAUCUAAAGAAGGAAGUCUGGUAUCAAAAGUGCCACGAUCCUGUCUGCAGAGAAAAAAACUUCAAAUCACAAAGUUUCCCACUACCACCUAGGAUAUGUCUCCCAUUUCUUUUCAAAGAGGAAGAAUGUACAGGAAUGGAUGGAAGGGGGAACACUGAAGAAGUAAACCUGCGUUCUAAUGUGUCAGACUUGUCAAACAGCUCAGUAUCUCUAGAAAAAAGCUUGUCUCAAGACUCCCUGUUGUCAGACAGUAAGUGGUACAAUGCAAGUGAUGAUGCCUGUUUCCUAGAAGCUACUGAAGAUGUGGAACUAGCUGAAGCUGCAAAUGCUAGUCUGAAUCAUGCCAUGGAAGAAAUUCCUGAUGAAGUUCUUUUGGAAGCUUUAAGGGAACAGAACACUUGCCAUAAAGAAGGCAGCUAGCCACAGACCUGGCUGGCUGGCUGACAGCCUGCUAACAAUGAAACUUGUUUAUCUCACAUGCCUUCUGUGACAGAUGGUGCAACACCGUUUAAAAGUGCCCUUCCAGAGCUGUAAGGCAGAGAACAGAGUGACUGUGGACAAACAAGUAUCCUCAAACUGUAUCAUCUUCAACAGGCAAAGGAGGUCAUGGAAGAUUACAAGG